UAUCAGUGGAACAAUAUUAGGUCCAUUCGAGAGAAAAGUGCCAAGAAAGGUGUUUUCCAACUGCUUUUGUGUAUUUUCAUUAACAUUACCAGUUUAUGUCUGUUAAUUUGAAUGUAGAAAAGUGCAAGCUGCAUGUGUUUCUUCGUUGCGAAGUCGUAUUCUUUUGUCCGUGCAUAGUUUCAAACGAAAGGGACAUGACCUGAAAACAUCACUUUGAAACAGAAUAGCAGAAACCAUUAGUUUAAACAGUUAAAUACGUGCAAUGAAUUAACUAGUGAAUUAGUAAAUACAAAUAUUCAACUCUUUGAAAACUUAUUCCCAAGAAUAAAUUUUGGAGUUAAAAGUGGAAUCAUUUAUUAAAUUGAAAGUGCAAAAGUGUAUAAAAAGCAUAAAAUAAUUCAUUAUAAAGUAUUGUGCACUGCAACCUUAACUCGAACGCAAUCUCGAUUUAUCGAUACCGGAGCUAUUUAAGUGUAAAAAAUACCUAAAAUGCUGAUUCGGUGGAAAAGCAAAGAUAAGAGUACGCCGUCGACUUCAACCGGAAAUGCAAAGAAAAAAAGAAAAGGACGAGAUGGAGAAGAAGAUUGGCAAAAUGAUAAAGGUCGCAACCAACAAAACGAACAAGCUGAAGAGAAGAGGCGUGGUAUGAGGAGUCGGGAAGAUCCGAGACGUCACACAUUAGGUGGAGACAUGAUGCACUAUCAGAACCAAGGGGAACAUACAGUUCUUCAAAGAUCAUUUGACUUAGAGACGCCAUCAAUGAGAACUUACACGCCGAUUAAUCAAGGACCUCUAUUUGACGAUGAUCCGGGGAUAAUGUCGGAAGUAGAAACUUCUAGUACGGGAUUCAGAAGAGGAGGAAAACAACGUUCGUCACUACCGGUUGUACGGACACCGUCAAAAACAUUGGAAAGACCCCUUGGUUUAGUAUUUCUACAAUACAGAUCGGAAACAAAACGAGCUCUUCUGCCAAAUGAAAUAACAUCCAUCGAUACCGUUCGUGCUUUGUUUGUAAGAUCAUUCCCCAGGCAAUUAACGAUGCAAUAUUUAGAGGGUCCCAACGUGAAAAUUUACAUCCACGAUUCAAGCAAAGACAUGUUUUACGAAUUGGAGGACGUUCGAUCGCACCUUCGGGAGAUUCGUGACCGUUCAGUACUUAGACUAUUUGAAUCGAAUGAAGUAGCCAGCCCCCAAGUACUUCCAGGAGGAACUGGUGUUCCACAGCCGUUACCUCCAACAUGUGGCCAAGGAGUUUGGGAUUCUGAGCAGAGCUACUUCAGUGAACCUGAGUUUGAUUCAGAAUAUCGACAUCAACAUAUACACAAAAGUAAAGCUGGAAAAACACCUUAUUUCAUCGGAGCGCAAACCCUUCCACGAGGCAUCUACUCAGACAGGAACAAAAAUACUGCCGGGUUACCAGCAAAACCGUUGCGAUCGUACGGAUCUAAAAGUAGUAUUGGACCUUCCUUUCCCUAUACUUCAGAUCAAUUAUACAGUAUUCCAGAUGGAUAUAUGAGUUCUCCUGAACGAGGAGCCAGUAGAGCAUAUGAGGAACCAUAUUACAGCCAAUACAGUACUCGUGGAAAUACUGCAACACCAAUAAUAGAUGAAGAACAAGGUAGGGAUGUCACGUUAGCAGAAGAUCAAUAUGCUAUGUACGGAGUUAAAGGACUUGGAAGGAUUCCUCCUGCUGCAAAUCAAAUUUAUGAUCCUGCGAGGCCGGAGGAUAUACAUCGCAUCCGAGUGGAACACAUGGAGAGGCAACUAGCAAACCUCACAGGUCUAGUGCAAAAGGCUCUAACACAAAAACCUCAAACACCUUUAAAUAACAGCGCUCAGAAUGUUCUCAGUAUACCCGCUCAGUAUCGAUCUGAUAAAUCUGUAUCAUUCGAAAAAUCUGUUUCGUUCAGUGAUGACAUUCAAGGGACUCCUAAGUCUUAUACACCUAAUCAUCUCGGAGACUCGAAACCAUCCAAACCUGCAAUAAAAUCAUCUACUUUACCAAGGACUUCAUCGCAAGAGCGGGAUCGUUUAAAGCCAGCACCGCCGCCUAAGCCACUAGUGCUGGCAAGUAACCAGUAUAACGCGGACUUGUCACUAGCACCAGAGGUUUACAAUAACUUACGAGGUUUACAAAAGAAAGCCAAAGAUCUCAGGAUCGAAGUACGUGCAAUGAGGAGACUGACGCAAACACAAGUAGUUACCAUAAGGGAAGAUAUUAAAGGUACAUUUAUGAGGAUUCGAGCGACAUUAUUAGCUAGCAGCGGAACUCUUUGGGGACAGACUGAACACGAAAGGACGAACAUGGCAAGAGAAGAAGAAAUUUAUAAACAAGAAGUAAUGCGUCUCGAAAAGGACUUAAGUGAUUUGGAAUCUUCAGUUGAAGGACUAAGGGGAGAGGUAAUCAAUCGCCGCACACGGGUGAAUAUGACUGCUGUCGAAGAUAUGGCUCUAGUUUUAAGUCGAGCAAGCAAAACUGUCGCAGAGUUGAAAAUACGCUUCCCAAGCUUGCAGCAGGAUUUACGAAACUUUUUAUCAUUAGAUAUGGAACGAUUAUGCAGAGAGGAAACAUUUUUGAAGGAAGAACCAGAAAGACUGGAAUCUGCACUGAGGCGAUGCAAAAAAUUGACUGGAACAUUGGUUACCUUGAAAAGGUUAGCAAGCGUGCAAGAACAACGAUUACCAAUACCUGAGUCAACAUUACUGGAGGAACCGCUAAGGACCACAGAAGGCACCCCCAACACUAGCAAGCCAGUCCCAAGUCCCAGACAGGGUCCGAUCAAUAUCAACGGUGGAGUUGCACCAGAAAACGCCCUCGAUGCUCUUUUAGAUGAGCUCCAAACAUUCGCCAAACCUCCCAAUGGAGUGAACGAGAUUCGUCCCGACGAUUCUACUUCAGACGACAGUUCCCAGGCUAUACAGAGUACUGUAACCACAAAAAUUUCACAGUCUCAACUUUAUCCAGAAAGUAUGUCCACAAAUGUAGGUCUACGACGGUUACACUCGUAUCCAAGCGGGUCGGACACAGACACAAGCCCACCACAGCCGAUGAGACCGACCGGAAAGCCUCCAGUUCCAGAACGCAAUGCGGAUCUACUAUCAAAAGUAAAUAGCAAGCGAGUACCUCCUCCACCGCCUCCACGAACUAGUUCGCGUAGCCCACUCGCUAGUCCAACAAGUCCAAAUAUGCCUCACCAAAUGCAGCAAUUAUCCGAAAUAGAGCAUCAAACCACCAUAAACUUCGAUAAUCUGGUUAAGGAUUCCGGUAUGGAUUCUAGCAGUGAAUCCGUCAGUUCUGAUAAUUCACAACGUCAGCAAGCUCUUGAAUUGCGUCAUCAAGAGUUAUUGAAGAAACAAAAACAGUUACAAGAACAAUACCAGCGUCUGCAGCAAAUCAGCAAAAACAGUAUUCCACUUGUAUCAUCUACUGUCAACGAGGAGAAGAAAAAUACACACACAAAUUUCGUACAAAAAAAUAGAACUAAUAUGGCUAACAACAUUGCUGACAAAACAUGCUCUAACGCUACAGACAUGACUUCCACUGCUAAUGGUUAUAUUAAUAUGGGCAAAAAUGACGAUUUGAAUGUUGAGACUAGCAGCAGUAAUAGUCUUAGCAAGACAAUUAACAAAGUUUAUGAAACAGAUAUACUAUAACAGCAAGCCAGAGUAUGGUAAAAAACGAAAACAACUUUUCUAUAAUCUUUUUAAAAGCCAAUGAAGUGUUGGCUCAUUUUAGCAGUUAUUGCUGAGAUUUCGUUAAGCACUAUAAGUUUUUAUGCAAGUCUAUCAAAUACAUAUAAAACGAACAUGUUAAUAUUAUGUUAAAACUUCUGAUUGUGAUGUUUUGCAAAAAAAUAAAG